AUGAAGCAGCAAACCCAGAAUCGCACGCUCUCCUCGCCAUCAGAUGCCGGAACCCAAAUCUCCCAGUCCCCGGAGACUCCGAGCGAGUCAGCAUCCGCCCCGAGCGACACCCCUACUGAAGGAGAUGACUUUGUACACAUUAUGGAAACUGAUGAGGAUCUCGAAAUGCAGCUUCAAUGGCAGAUUAGACAUAUGGCCAUCCAUAUGAAUCAGUAUCUCAGCUUUCUGCGCAAUGCGCUCCGCCAAGGAGAUGAUCCGAAGGAGCUGAUGAAGAGAAUGAAGAUUAUUGAAACAGACCCGGAUGAUCGAUCAACCGCCUUCUGGUGCUUGGUAGCUAUGCGAGAUCGCUUGUUGACUGAUGCGCGAGAGAUCGCGAAGAUGAUUGAUACGUUGGAAAAGGAGAGAAUUAGAAUGGAUACAGGGUCUUGGAUUGCCGUGUCUGUCAGCGCGGUGGUGAGUUUCCUGGCAUUGGGUAGGCUUUCACUCGUGCCAUGGGGAGUGUAUGGGUUCUAUAAGUACAUCAAGUUUGCCACGAUAGGGGGCUAUCAGAAAACCUUGAGGCAUGUCGUUGAUCAGUUGUUGAAUUGGGAAUUUGGAGACAAGGACAGAUACGAGAUGCAGAUGCGUCAAUUUGAUAUGUGUGAACUACUAGAUAAGAUGAUAGGUAUCUAA